AUGCAAAGGUCUCAUGCUUUUCAGCAACCUCAUCAGGCUACCUCUGCCAUCUCUGCCAUAACCUCUCAAUACACCCAAAGAUUGUGGGUUAUGUGCAGAAGCAAUGAGGACUCGCAAGAUGGCUCCUUCCAAAAAUCAAAGUGCCUCCACGAAACCAGCCUCCUGGCCACUCUACCGGAGCUGUGCAUACAAACUCUCGAGAAACUUCUCAACACCCUUGCCGAAUGGCAAGAGUCGUGCCGAAAUAGGGAGCUUGCGAAAUCUGCUCAAAUCAUGACGGACUCACCAAGUCUCACCUGCCGAAGGAAGAGGGACAACCAAGUCUCACCUGCCGAAGGAAGAGGGACAACCAAGUCUCACCAAGGCCUCACUGUGGCUUCAAGCCGGAAUCAAUGGAAGACUCGACCUCUCCUUCGAACCAAGCCGUGCCGAAGUUGUGGCGCGAAGGCAGAAAUCUCUGAACCGGUCCUUCCUUUUUGUUUCCAGUCACCCUUGCUGAACGACAGCUGCAAAACCAAAGGUGUAAGUCGCGAUAUUAGAAAUUGUCAAAACUUUGCCUUUCAAAGAACCCAGCUUAAGGCAAGACCAGUUGCAUGGAGAUCCUUACCUAAUGGCAAGGAUGGUGCUUCACCUUACAAGGUCAACAAUUUUCACUCGCAGACGCAUGUCUUUGUGCUGGCCUCACGAUCCCAAGUGUACCGAAGUUUGAAAAGCACAAACGGAGGCUGCGGAAUGAUGCAACAACUUAAGCACCGAAGAAGACUCCUCGCUGAAUGA